AUGCUCAGGGCUCUUAGGAAGGAAGGCUCCAAGGGCAUGUGGGCAUUCGCGGAGAUGGAGCUCUCCCUGUUGUACGACAUCCUCUACACCAAGGCUGCCGUGAUCCACACUUGGCCUGGUUACUUCAUCCGUUUCGCCUCAUCCGCCGCCAUUGCUGCCUCAUCUCUGCUCUUCCAUUUCAGUGGCAGGGAUGAUCACAAGGUAGAUGUUGCCGUCACGUACGCCUUGCUUGCUGGGGCAUUCCUUAUGGAGGCAGCAUCCCUGCUGAACGCCCUAGGAUCCUCAUGGGCAUAUGCAUUCUUGUGCACCACACGAUGGAGCUGGCUCCAGUACGCAGCCCUAUGUACCGGAAGGUGGGACCGGCUUCGACACAUUGUCAAGGCUACCAAGAGAAUGGUUGGCAGCAACCAGUCAGGUAGGAGGUGGUCCGGCGAAAUGGGGCAGUACAACAUGUUACACUACUGCAGUCGCCGCGAGAGGGCCUAUAAACCCCUUUUGGGCAGAUUUGCCGCGAUGUUGGGAUUCGAGGAGUGGUGGAAUAGGAAGCAUUACUCUGCAACAGUUGACAUUUCUGAUAGCCUGAAGCAGGGGUUGUUUGAGUACAUACACAAAUUAACAGAGACGGGUUUGAAUUCACAGGGUGUAAUCAGGAAGAGCUGGGGUCAAGACGCACUUGAGAGGGAGGACCGGGACUUGUAUGAGCGUAUCAAGAAUGAAAGAAACCUCGGCGUUGAGUUCCAAGAGGGAGUCAUAAUAUGGCACAUCGGCACAGACAUCUUCCUAGCCAAAAGCAGCAGAGAUGCCGGCGACGACGACACAGCUGAUCUGGUGAAGGGUAUAAGGAUGCUGUCCAAUUACAUGAUGUUUCUCCUCAUUGACCACCCUAAAAUGCUCCCUGGCCUUGCCCAGAACAUGCUGUACCGGCGAACCUGCGAAAAUCUAUCAGACAGGUGCAAGAACCAUGGCCAUCCAAGAACUGGAGAUGUUGGUGCAGUGCUCAAGGAAAUAUUCCGCCUGAAUGAUGGCCCUACUGUCACUGAACUGAGCCACAUAAAUGAGCUCGCAAACGCCGUGUACAAGGAGAGGCCGAAAUACAGCCACACUGUUCCUCGCCUCUGUUAUGCUAAUGAAGUUGCUAAAGAACUACUUGACAGAGAGAAGGACAAAGGCAGCAGGGCCGUGUUGAAUUUGGUCCUUGAUGUCUGGAUGGAUUUCCUAGUGUACGCAGCCAAUCGAUGCAGCAGGGAAUCCCACGCCAAGAUGCUCAGCAGCGGCGGUGAGUUGACGAGCGUUGUCUGGAUUAUGACAGACUUCCUCAACCAAGAAGCCUACGCUCGUCACAGGGAUUGA